GGGGCCGGGCGGGAGGUCGCUCGGGUCGGGUGUCGCCUGAGACCGGCGCCAUGGGCAAUCGCGGGAUGGAAGAGCUGAUCCCGCUGGUCAACAAGCUGCAGGACGCCUUCAGCUCCAUCGGUCAGAGUUGCCACCUGGACUUGCCUCAGAUCGCCGUGGUGGGCGGCCAGAGCGCAGGCAAGAGCUCGGUGCUCGAGAACUUCGUGGGCCGGGACUUCCUUCCCCGAGGUUCGGGAAUUGUCACCCGGCGGCCUCUCAUCCUGCAGCUCAUCUUCUCAAAAACAGAAUAUGCUGAAUUUUUGCACUGCAAGUCCAAAAAGUUUACAGACUUUGAUGAAGUCCGACAGGAGAUUGAAGCGGAGACCGACAGGGUCACGGGGACCAACAAAGGCAUCUCCCCAGUGCCCAUCAACUUGCGGGUCUACUCGCCGCACGUGUUGAACUUGACCCUCAUAGACCUCCCAGGCAUCACCAAGGUACCCGUGGGGGACCAACCCCCAGACAUCGAGUACCAAAUCAAGGACAUGAUCCUGCAGUUCAUCAGCCGGGAGAGCAGCCUCAUCCUAGCCGUGACCCCUGCCAACAUGGACCUGGCCAACUCAGAUGCCCUCAAGAUGGCCAAGGAGGUCGACCCACAAGGCCUGCGGACCAUUGGCGUCAUCACCAAGCUUGACCUGAUGGACGAGGGCACCGAUGCCAGGGAUGUCCUAGAGAACAAGCUGCUCCCGUUGAGAAGAGGCUACAUUGGUGUGGUGAACCGAAGCCAGAAGGACAUCGAGGGCAAGAAAGACAUUCGUGCGGCACUGGCGGCCGAGAGGAAGUUCUUUCUCUCUCACCCCGCCUACCGGCACAUGGCUGAUCGCAUGGGCACCCCACACCUGCAGAAGACCCUGAAUCAGCAACUGACCAACCACAUCCGGGAGUCACUGCCAACCUUGCGCAGCAAGCUGCAGAGCCAGUUGCUGUCCCUGGAGAAGGAGGUGGAGGAAUACAAGAACUUCCGGCCCGACGACCCCACACGUAAAACCAAAGCCCUGUUGCAGAUGGUCCAGCAAUUUGGGGUGGACUUUGAAAAGCGGAUAGAGGGCUCUGGAGACCAAGUGGACACGCUAGAGCUCUCUGGGGGCGCCCGAAUCAAUCGCAUCUUCCAUGAGCGGUUUCCCUUCGAGCUGGUGAAGAUGGAGUUUGAUGAGAAAGACUUAAGACGGGAGAUCAGCUACGCCAUUAAGAACAUUCAUGGUGUCAGGACCGGGCUCUUCACCCCGGACCUGGCAUUCGAGGCCAUUGUGAAAAAGCAGGUCGUCAAGCUGAAAGAGCCCUGUCUGAAAUGUGUCGACCUGGUUAUCCAGGAGCUAAUCAAUACAGUUAGGCAGUGUACCAGUAAGCUCAGCUCCUACCCCCGGUUAAGAGAGGAAACAGAGCGAAUUGUCACCACUUACAUCCGAGAACGGGAGGGGAGAACCAAGGACCAGAUCCUUCUUCUCAUCGACAUCGAGCAAUCCUACAUCAACACAAACCACGAGGACUUCAUUGGAUUUGCCAACGCCCAGCAGAGGAGCACACAGCUGAACAAGAAGAGAGCCAUUCCCAACCAGGGGGAGAUCUUGGUGAUCCGCAAGGGCUGGCUGACCAUCAACAACAUCAGCCUCAUGAAGGGCGGCUCCAAGGAGUAUUGGUUUGUGCUGACGGCCGAAUCUCUGUCCUGGUACAAGGAUGAGGAGGAGAAAGAGAAGAAAUACAUGCUGCCUUUGGACAACCUCAAAAUCCGUGAUGUAGAGAAGGGCUUCAUGUCCAACAAGCAUGUCUUUGCCAUCUUCAACACGGAGCAGAGGAAUGUCUAUAAGGACCUGCGGCAGAUCGAGCUGGCCUGUGAGUCGCAGGAGGAAGUGGACAGCUGGAAGGCCUCCUUCCUCCGGGCUGGUGUCUACCCUGAGAAGGACCAGGCAGAAAACGAGGAAGGUGGAGUACAGGAGAACACCUUCUCCAUGGACCCGCAGCUAGAGCGCCAGGUGGAGACCAUUCGCAACCUGGUAGACUCCUACGUGGCCAUCAUCAACAAGUCCAUCCGCGACCUCAUGCCAAAGACCAUCAUGCACCUCAUGAUCAACAACACGAAGGCCUUCAUCCACCACGAGCUGCUGGCCUACCUGUACUCAUCGGCAGACCAGACCAGCCUCAUGGAGGAGUCAGCUGAGCAGGCCCAGCGGCGAGACGACAUGCUGCGCAUGUACCACGCACUGAAGGAAGCGCUCAACAUAAUAGGGGACAUCAGCACCAGCACCGUGUCCACACCUGUGCCUCCACCCGUUGAUGACACCUGGCUCCAGAGCACCAGCAACCACAGCCCCAUUCCGCAGCGGCGACCUGUAUCCAGUGUGCAUCCCCCAGGAAGGCCCCCAGCAGUGAGGGGCCCCACUCCAGGGCCUCCCCUGAUGCCUGUGCCGGUGGGGCCAGCAGCCUCCUUCUCAGCGCCUCCCAUCCCAUCCCGGCCCAUACCCCAGAGCGUGUUUGCCAACAAUGACCCCUUCAUGGCCCCGCCUCAGAUCCCGUCUCGGCCCGCUCGGAUCCCACCCGGCAUCCCCCCUGGAGUGCCCAGCAGAAGACCCCCGGCUGCGCCCAGCCGGCCCACCAUUAUCCGCCCGUCCGAGCCUUCCCUGCUCGACUAGGCUGCAGGGGCAUUUUCUUGAGGGCUCCCUGUGCACCCUCAGUGCAGGAGCGUUGUUCAUCUGGGCCCCUCCGCCGCCCCUGGCCCUCUCAUCCCCAUGCCGGGCCCAGGCUCCCCGAGUCUUUGCUAACCCUGGCCUGGCCGGGGGCGGGCCUGGCCCCUACCCCCAGCUGGACAUAGCACUGAGGGGCCCUGGAUCCUCAGGAUGGGGGGAACUUGGGUGUUGCACUUUGGGGGAUGAGGCCUGAGGUAGCAGAGGAGGAAACUGGACCCUGAGCACCAUCUUGAACAAGGGAUCCCGGCUGGUGUAACAGGGACUCACCCAGGGGCUUCUCAGGCCUGGAAAGCCCGAGCAGACCAGGCCUUCUGGAACCGGGGCACCAGAGGCGUCUGUACGCUUAGUCCUUGCUGGGGUGCGAGGAGUGUGUCCCCAUCUCAGCAGUGGGAGCUCCUGGCGGCAAGACAGGAGCCGGUCCAGUGCUGCCCGCCCUGCCCACGUCGUACAUAUUCCUUUUUGGCCGUAUUAACUGCACGGCCCAGCCUUGGCUGCCAGAGGUGCCUUUGCCAGGUCUGGAACCCUCAGCUCCGCUGGCCACGCUCUCUCUUCCCCUCCCUCCACCCCUCCUCCUCCUCCCAGGUCCCCAGAGUGGCCUGGGUUGAGGGCUGAGUGGGCUGGGAGGCUUUGGGAGCCCCUCGGCUCCUACCCUGGCCUCCUACAUGGGGCGGGCCCCAGGUGGCCACUCUCUGAGCAGACCUCGCUCACUGUUCGCUCGGGUUGACCACUGUAAGUGCCUGCACUCUGUAUCCUAUUAAUAAACUAAAAUAAAGGGAAGAAGCUUCUGGUG